UUAGCUUACUCUGUUCCUCUUUGUUCUGAAAUUAUCACACUUUGUUUGGAUAGUUGUUAUGUAUUGGUUCAUAAGGUAUUGUUUCGAUGAAUAGAUUAUAUUAUUAAGUUAGAAUUGAAACAAACACUGUACAAUAGGUAAAAAAACAUCCAAACCAGCUUUAGAUGCAUCACCUAGUUCUCAUUAAUCUGUAUAUACAUAUGCCUUUACCUUUGGCUGUACGGGAUAUUCAGGGUGUAGAUUUCCAAGCAGUACUGGAUUCCUUGCCAGUGAAAGAAGAAAGCGAUAGCAGCAAGGACGAAAGUGAGGAUUAUGUAUCAAACGAAGAUGACAAUAGCACCAACGAUGAAGAUAAGGAUGAUGUUAGUAAUCAGAGAAUUGUCGAGAAUACUGACUAUGAUUUAGAACUAGAACACGAUAAAUCUAUGUGGGAGAGCUACUUCAGACAGGUCUACGAGAGAAAGGGUUUUGAUAUUAAGGAUUAUCCUGGGCCGCCUCCGCUGCCUAAAUUCUUUCCCCUUCCAAGCUACUUGCGUAUCCGUAAAAAGUAUAGGAUGUUGAGGGGUUAUGCUGAAAGUGCACUUGAGAAAUACCAUGAUGAUACGGGCACUAACCAUGUAAUUGAGGGAAUUCUGAAUGUGAAGAGAGGUGGCUCUCGUGACUACAUUUACUAUCUUAUCUUUUUAGCCAAGACGGAUCAUGAAGAAAGAUACUAUAUUUUUCAAGCUAUGGUGAUCCCAGCUGAAAAGGAUAAUUUGGACUUCCUGGUCGUCAGGAAAAGGGAAGAGAGAGGUUGGUGCAGAUGCUAUUGGAUGUAAAUCUCACUAUGUUAUUUGACUACCUUGUUCAUAUUUUUGUUGGACAUAUUAAAAUAGUAAUGGAUGCUGAGUUUUUCAAAUAUAUUGAGGUUAGCUUUCUACUGGAUGAUGUUUGAAAUGUUUCUGAUAAUGAAGUUUUGGUGCUGAAUUUUCCAAAUAUAUGCAAAGUUAUUCCUUUUUUUACUAGGUAGAGAUCCAUCAGUUGCUUUUUGUUGUUUGUAUAUAAAUUGCUCUGUUUUCUAUUUUCAAAUAAUCCAUACGAUGUAGUUUGCUGAUUUUAGUGAAACAGGUGAAUGGUUUCAUAGAGUGUGUGGAACUCAUAUUUUACAAUGUGCAAUUUUCUCACCUAUAGCAAUAAAUUCUCGGUGUUGCUUUGUGUCUUUGGUUAUGCAGUUUUUCUUGGUUGAAUUAAAGAUACGUAUCAUUCUUCCCUUGGUUUAAUUUUGUUCUGAGAAACUGCUAUGUUAUUUUAAGGGAAAAAAAUUAGUACUAAUAUUUUUUCCUUCACUGAAGCUUCUUUUUUCAGAAAAUCAUAUUCAUUCUGAUUAUGCUGAAGAAAGGAACGUGACAAUCAUGUUUCUGUUAAUGUGCUACGAGUGUUGUGGCUCUCCUAUUAUAACUUUUGCUUUAUUACUCAAAGAAUGGCUGAAUUUUCAGCUUUUGCAGUUUACUCUCCAACUUUUAUGUCUUUUUUUGUUAUUAAUAUUAUACAGGUGAAGAAACAUCACAGAUCCUAUUUGGGGGAUGCAAAUCUCUCUAUGUUAUUCGACUGCCUUGUUCAUAUUUUUGUUGUACAUGUUAAAAUAGUAAUGGAGUGUAUGUGAAAAAGAUGGAAACACUUAGAUUUGACCUUAAAUUUAAGGAAAUAAUGUGUUCCUCUCUUUUGGAUCAUUCCUCUAUUUAAAUGAAUGUGUUUCAUUUUCUCAA